UCCAUGCAAUAUGCAACGCAACUAUUUAUUAUGUGCUACAAAAGAAACGAGAAAUAUAUCUAAUGUUUGGCCAACAACAAUUAAGAGUUUUUUUGAUAGUCUCAUUGGCUUUGCAGUGCACCGCGAAACCAACAUUAGCAGAAACUAAUGAAUUGCUGUUCACUUUAGGGAGAGAGAAGUAUGACGAUAAGACAAAAUUAAAGGCACUAGCGUUGGAACCACAACCGCCAACUCAAGACGAUACUGAAUUAAAUGUAAAGAUUAUACAAAUACCAUUUCUACACAAACUACAACCAUCAUCACUUUGCAUGCAUCAAAAAAUAGAAGCAGACGUGGCUCAAACUAGCUUAGAGAUUCCGUUACAAGAAGUACAUUUGGAAGACGGAUCGAACCAUGAAACAUCUAGCGAAUACAGAAUAUUAAUCCAAAAAGAAAAAGAUCCAAAAUCAGGAACACAAAAUAUUCAUAUAAUACGAAUGCCAAAAUCGGAAUUAGGGAAACAUCUGGUACACGGAUUUACACCACUAAAAGGUCAACAACCAUUUUUUCAACUACAAACAAAACAACAAGGUCCAGAUGGAGCACCAGGAUUAACUAUACUUUUGUGGUAACAAUGAAAUGAUAUAAAUAUUUCUAAAAAAUUGCCAAUAUAUAAUUUAAUACCACUCAAAUUAUUUGAAAUACAAGUGUACCCUUCACAAAUACAAACGAUUUUGUA